AUGGAACAAGAAGACGAUGAGCCAUCUGAGGACGAGGAGUUUCUACGUGAAGCCAAGAAAAUUAUCGAUGACUUCGGAAGAGGCGUGGAGGUUUCACAUCUCGUGCGUCAUUUGAAAAGACCGGCACAUUCAUACGAUGUAGAUGCAACCAGCGGCAUCUAUGAAGUCCUUGAGAUGAUCUCUUCGCUUGACAAAACGACAAGGUCGUCCUCUGGCUCGCCUCCUCAUACUUCGUCUCCGCUGCCAACUAAUGAGUACCCAAAUUACGAUAUCAGCCAACUGAAUGGAUCCGCCAAAAGAAGGCUGUCUUUUAGCCCCACUAUGCAAGUUGCCGAAUGUGGCAGCGAAGAGGUAAGAGAGACACCUUUCAUACCGAAACUGCAGUUGGAUUUAUCAGCACCCUCAUCUAUUGAACACUCGCCACAAGUAAGCCCGGGUCUUCCAGCUGCUGUGGAAUAUCGCACAAGAGUAAGGCCACGGUGCCAUCAAUGCCACUCACGCACAGGUUCUUUGAACGCUGCUGAUUUUUUGUAUCUAAUCAUUUUUGGUUGUAUAGCCUCACUAAUAGUUUAUUACCUUUAUAUGCCUCCUCUCCACAAGGGUCCGGUAUAUUGUUGA